CCCCUAACUAACCCCCUUCAUUUCACUCCACUUCACAGCCAGAUCUCGUUCUGUUCUGUUUCACUCACUGCACAAGAUAGAAAGAGAAAUAAUGGUGGUCAUGGCGGUUCACCAAUUCGCGCAAUGCAUCACUUGCCACGCCUGGAGCGCCGAUCAAUCUAUGGUCGCUUUAUGUCCAAACAAUAAUGAAGUGCACAUCUAUAAGUUGGUUGAAGACAAAUGGGAAAAGGUGUAUGUUCUUCAAAAGCAUGAUCAGGUAAUUUCUGGGAUAGACUGGAGUGCAAGAUCAAAUAGAAUAGUUACCGCAUCCCAUGAUCGGAAUUCGUGAGUGCCUGUGUGAUUUAGAACAUUCAACUUGUCAUCCUAGAUAUGUCUGGAACCUUGAACAAUCAGAAUGGGUGCCAACUCUUGUUAUCCUUAGACUAAACCGUGCUGCUCUUUGUGUUCAAUGGAGUCCAAAAGAAAACAAAUUUGCAGUGGGGAGUGGAGCCAAAACUAUUUGUAUAUGCUACUAUGAGCAGGACAACAACUGGUGGGUCAGCAAACUUAUCAGGAAAAGACACAAUUCUUCAGUGACAAGUGUUUCUUGGCAUCCAGAUAAUAUUUUUCUCGCGACAACAUCAACAGAUGGGAAAUGCCGAGUAUUCUCCACCUUUAUUAAAGGCGUUGAUGCAAAGGAUUCAAAAAAGGGCACUUCAUCAGAUUCAAAAUUUGGAGAGCUGAUUGUUCAGCUUGAUCUCUCGUCAUCUUGGACAUUUGGAGUCAAGUGGUCACCAAGUGGCAAUACUCUAGCGUAUGUAGGUCAUAAUUCUAUGAUAUAUUUUGUUGAUGAUGUUGGUCCUUCUCCUGUGGCCCAAAAUGUCGUGUUCCGUGAUUUGCCCCUCCGUGAUGUACUAUUUGUUUCUGAGAGAAAAGUGAUAGGUGUAGGAUUUGAUUGCAACCCAAUGGUUUUUGCGGCAGAUGAAAGGGGAACUUGGAGUUUUGUCAGAUAUCUGGGAGAACGGAAAGCAGCAUCUUCUGGAUCAAGAUAUGGCUCACAGUUCUCUGAAGCAUUUGGGAAGUUUUAUGGUCAAUCAAAGCAUGGAGUGAACAACGAUGCAGUUGAAACUUCAAGAACUCGUGGAACUGUUCAUGAGAACUGUAUAAAUUGUAUUAUACCUCUUGGGAAUCGUGGAAAAAUGAUAAGGCGUUUCAGCACAUCAGGAUUGGAUGGAAGAAUUGUUGUAUGGGAUUUGGAAAAUGAGCCAGACCUGUUAGAAUGAUAAGCUCAUCAGUAAAUUGUCACAUCUUCAUGGUAAAGCAUCUGAAGUUGAUUGUUGGAUGAAGCAUUAUACCUUGUAAAUUAAUUUGGGUAUGAGGGAUUUAAGUGAUCUCUAGUCAUUAUAAUCAAGACUUGAAAGUGUCAGACAUUUCAGCCCCUAGAAUAUGUCUAUAAACUCUACCUCAAUGUUAACGUAUUCUCUUAUUCAAUAUUUUGGCUUUUGUUUUCCAUGCAAUCACUCUCCGGAAAAGAUUUAUAAUCAGUAUUAUUCUUGCAAAGGAA